GUUUCCGUUGUUGUUUGGGAAAGUGACUCAGCUUGGGGGAGCCACGCACGUCAGCGACCCCUCACCAGGUAUAAAAGAAGGUGAUGGAGACCUCACAGAACAGAAGGCUUUUGAAUUCCCGCUGUUACAUCAUGAAGUUAUCAUUGAUACUGAUCGUGGCGCUGUCCUGCAUGGUGGUGACCCUCGCCAUGCCAAACCCUUCUGCUCUUGCUGAAGCCCAUCCUGAAGCUCUGCCUAACGCUAGCCCCUCACCUGAUCCGUGUUGGGAGGCUGCGGCGGCUGGGGUCAUCACCACCACCAUGGCCACCACCACCACCAUCACGGUCACCAUCAUCAUGGGCAUGGGCACUACUGGGGAUAACACUCACGGCUUGUCAGAAAAUCGCUAGAAAUACUGAAGGACACAACAAAAAUCGAGCGAAUAAUUGGGAUUGUUGAGUCAAAGAAAAAUUACCAACUGAAGAACUUUGUGGGAUUUUUUUUCUUUUUCUAGAAUAAAUAAUAAAAUACAC